AUGGCAAGCUCAUCCGAUCAAGUUCAAUUCGUUGAAUGCUAUCAGAACUGGAUCAUUGAACAGCAACAACUUCUUGAGGAGCUCCUACAAGUGCACAACCAAAACCCAAACGACGAGCAAGAACUUUGUUGUAUCAUCGGAAAACUCAUCAAACACUUUCAAGAGUACACUAAUGGAAGAGCCCAACUUGCAAUAGACAAACCUUCAUCCUUUUUCUUACCUACGUGGUGUACUUCCGUUGAGAAUUCGUGCCUAUGGCUCGGGGGUUGUAGACCCUCGUUAUUGACUCUACUCGUUUACACGCUCUGUGGUUCUCAUGUUGAGUCCCAACACACUGAGUACUUACGAGAAGCGAGAAGAGGCAACAUAGGCGAUUUAUCAGCAGAUCAACUCACUCUUGUUGGUGAGUUACAGUGUAGAACAAUACAAGAAGAAGAGAGGCUUUCAAAAAGGAUGGCUAGUAUACAAGAGAAUAUAGCUGAUUGUCGUCAACUCACUAGGCUUGCUAACAACUCGGAUGAUACUGAGUCCCAUAUUGGGCAAGUGGAACAGUAUUCUUUAGAUUCACAUUCUAAAGAUCUGGCUAGUAUAUUAGUCGACUCAGAUAAGUUGAGGAUGAAUACUUUGAAAGAACUUAUAGGCAUCUUAUCACCUUUACAAGCGGUGGAGUUUCUGAUUGCUGGAAAGCAGCUUCAUCUUUGUAUGAAUCAGUGGGGCCAAAGGAGGCAUCACAUCACGGGGAUGGACGAACAUACUGGAGAAGGCAUAUGA